CGCAGUGACGUGUGUGUACAUUCUUGAGCGGAAAAUGAUGGCGAUUAUCCAGACCAAGAGCUUGAGCUCGCAUAUGGAUGGAGGUGGCCGUGAAAACUAACAACACUUGUGGGGAAAAGUUGUUUGGUCGAGAAGAUCGCGAUCUGUCUCCACCCCUGGACAUUUUCAGACGUGGGAAAAAGCGAGUGGAUGAGGGUUGAGGCUGUAAGCUUGUGUAAUAUUAAAGUGUGUAACAGCCACGUAGCUUAUAGAGAUCCAGAUCACACACACUGGCCUUGUGCUUUUAAACCCUUCAUACACACUACAUAUCAACCCGAAGAAGAGGACUGAUCGAGUGAAUAGGAAAUAAAGACAAGCGAAAAGAGGUGUUGGAGUGAGCAGUGCCUCUCCUUUAGUGUGAAUGAGGGAGUCAUGGCUGACCACACCUCCCCACUGGAGUCCGGCCAGUUACUCAGCCCAGACAUCCCAAUGCUCACCUCUCCGCCCCCCCCUCCACACCCACCCAACAUCGUCAAUGGAGACGGACCACAACAGGUAAUCUUGGUGCAAGUAAACCCAGGAGAGGCCUUCACGAUCCAGCGAGAUGAUGGUCAGUUUCAGUGUAUCACAGGUCCUGCUCAGGUUCCAAUGAUGUCCCCAAAUGGUUCAGUGCCUCAAAUCUAUGUGCCUCCUGGAUACGUUCAACAGAUCAUUGAGGAGAACGGAGUGAGGCGGGUUUUGGUCUUACCUCAGACAGAGUUUCAUCCGGGAGGCCAUUCCCCGCUUCACCACCCGCCCCCUCCACCGCCCCACGCCCACCUGCAGGCCUUCAUCCCCCACCCGCACAUCAUGCACCAUCCUGCUCACCUGUACUCAGGCAUGGCUGGAGGAACCGGAGACAUGAAUGCGCAGUACAUCUCCCAGUACCACCCAGCACACACCACCAUCUACUCAGAGCAGGAUACUCAUCAACCACAUGGACGUGCAGCGUUUGCUCACAGGGAUGAAAGGGCUAGCAAAACCUACGAGCGCCUGCAGAAGAAGCUGAAGGAGAGACAGGGGGUGGGUGGAGGAGGAGGAGGAGGUGGAGGUCUGGCCCUCUCCAAAGACAGCCCCCCUCCCUCUCCACAGAAGAGUCGGGGGACACCGCCCACAGGAGGGGAUCUCCAGAACGGGCUUGGGGAACUGGAUGAAGAGGCUAAGGCUCUUCAGGAACGAUUAAACUCCAUCUGCAAGCCAGUGGUGACAGAUAUCCAGGCCAGAGGGGCCAGUUUGAGUUGGUUGGCCCCAUUACGGACAGAAAGUGACAAGGAGCCCAAAGAGGGAGAGGAAAUCCCUUCGGAGCCCAGCUUCACGUAUGAGGUCUCUGUCUCAUACAACGGCAAGGACGGGAAGUACAAGACCACCUACAGUGGAGUGGAGCUAAGUGCAACUUUACAAGACUUAAGACCAGCAACAGACUACCAUGUCAGGGUCCAUGUCAUGUGUAACUGUUUACAAGGCGUUCCUUCAGAGCCCGUGAGCUUCACCACUCUGAGCUGCAAGCCAGACACCCCCAGCCCACCACGCAAAGCCAGCGGCACCAAGAGCAGCCUCGUCCUGCAGUGGAAGGCGCCUUGUGACAACGGUUCCAAAAUCCAAAACUAUAUUCUUCAGUGGGAUGAGGGAAAGGGUACCAGUGUGUUUGAACAGUGCUACUACGGCCCUCAGAAGCAGUACAGACUCACCAAACUCUUGCCAGCUUCCAGAUAUUCCUUCCGACUGGCAGCCAAAAAUGACAUGGGGGUCAGUGAGUUCAGUGAGGCCGUUCCCAUCAUGACGUCAUGCAGUGUGCCCGCUGCCCCUCAGAACCCUGAGCUGGUUCAGCCCGGGGUCACGUGGCUCUGUCUGCGGUGGCACAGACCGGCCGGCUCGCCCAAAGAGGACGACAUCAGCUACGUGCUGGAGAUGGAGGAGGAGGGCUCGGGUUAUGGGUUCCAGGCCAGUUAUGAUGGUGACGAGCUCUCACACACUGUCAGAAACCUCCACAGGAGCACUACAUACAGGUUCAGGGUUAUUGCCUAUAAUGCGGAGGGGAAAAGUAACCCCAGCCCUGUGUCUGAGUUCACCACAGCCCCUGACAGACCGACCUGCCCCUGCAGACUCUCAGUGAAGGGCAAACCUCACCCGACCAGCUUCCGCCUGACCUGGGAUCCUCCCAAAGAUAACGGCGGUUCAGACGUGACAAAGUACGUGGCGGAGCUGUCGGAUGAUUUGAGUGGUACGUUCCAACCAGGUUCCUCUUGGAAUCAGGUGUACAGUGGAUUGGCUAUGGAAUGUUUGUGUGAUGGUCUGAGCCCAGGAUGUUCAUACCAGGCCAGAGUCCACUGCAUCAGUGCUGGAGGAGAGAGCCCGAUGACAGAGGCCCUGCAGGUCCAGACCCCACCUGUUCCUCCUGGACCCUGUCUGCCGCCCAGGGUAGUGGGUAAACCCAAAGCGAGAGAGGUGCAGUUACGCUGGGCGCCACCUCUGGUGGACGGAGGUAGUGUGGUGUCUUCAUACAGCGUGGAAAUGUUCGCUCCCCAGGCAGAGGAGGGCAGGGAGGUGUACCAGGGCUCAGAACUGGACUGCACGUUGGGUAGUUUACUACCCGGCAGGACCUACGGCUUCCGGCUCAGAGCCGCCAACAAAGCUGGGUUCGGGCCAUUUUCGGAGCGCUCAGAUGUCACAACAGGUCCAGGGGCCCCUGAGGCGUGUCGGCCCCCUCAUGUCAACUGUAAAUCACCAACAUGUGCUGUGAUCAGUUGGGAGGCUCCUCACUGUAAUGGUGCAGCGGUGUCAGAGUAUCGUCUGGAGUGGGGGGCAGCAGAGGGCAGUAUGCAGAUCUGUUACACCGGUGCUGCUCUGUCCCAUGAGCUGAGGGGUCUGCUGCCUGCCACCAGCUACUUCUGCCGGGUACAGGCAUUAAAUGCUGCCGGUGUGGGGCCGUUCAGCGACGCUGUGCUCUGUCAGACGCCCUGCUCUGUGCCUGCUGCAGUCAGCAGCGUCCAUGCACUUCGUGAGUCGGAGAUGAGAGUGGAGAGCCGGGUCACUGAGAGGGUCGAGGAUGAGGAGGAGGAAGAGGAGGAGGAUGAAGAGGCCUCGCCUCUCCUCUACUCUCCGUCCACCUGCCUGGGGCUGCGCUGGGAGGCGCCAUGCAGUCACGGAGCGGAGAUCAUGUCAUACCUGAUCGACCUGGGAGAGAGACAGCCCAUCCUCACUGGACCCGUAACCAAAUAUAUCAUCCAGAACCUGCAACCCGACACCACUUACAGGAUAAGGAUCCAGGCUCUGAACAGUCUGGGCGCAGGUCCCUUUAGUCACACCUUUAAACUGAAGACCAAGCCACUGCCACCCCUCCCUCCACGCCUGGAGUGCACCGCCUCCAGUCACCAGACCCUCAGGCUCAAGUGGGGCGAUGGCCCGGGCAAGGCCCAAUCCACCGAUUCCCUACAGUAUCAUCUCCAGAUGGAGGAUAAAAUUGGGAGGUUUAUAUCCUUGUAUAAAGGACCUUGUCACACUCACAAAGUGCAGAGGCUAAAUGAGUCUACCUCGUACACGUUUCGCAUCCAGGCCUUUAACGAAGCGGGCGAGGGGCCCUUCUCCACUGUUUACACCUUUACCACCCCCCGCUCUCCACCUGCACCCCUCAAAGCUCCUCGUGUGGAGCGUGUGGAUGAGUCAUGUGAGGUGAACUGGGAGACACUGCCACCCAUGAAGGGAGAUCCAGUCAUCUACUGUUUGCAAUGCAUGCAGGGAAAUUCUGAGUUCAAACAGAUCUACAAGGGCUCGGCCACCUCCUUCCAGCUCCCCAGCUUGAGCUUAUCCACGGAGUACCGUUUCCGCGUCUGCGCCAUCCGCCAGUGCCAGGAUGCUCCCGAAAUCGUCGGCCCCUACAGCUCCACCGUCAUCCUGCUCCCACCUCGCGUUGACACGCCUGGGGCCUCCAGUGCCACCGGGUCCAAAGCCACCGAAGCCCAGAAGCCAAAACGCAGCCUGACGGACGAACAAUUUUCUUUUCUUAUCAUCGCCCUGUUGGCCGUGACCUCCAUCCUCAUCGCGGUCGCCAUCCAGUACUUUGUCAUCGAAUGAGCCAUAGCGCUCUGAGGCUGCAUUAUAUUGUCCAAACAAACUGUUUUUUUUGUUUGUUUUUUUUGUUUUGUUUUUUUUUUUUGUACUGGCAAGGAGCCACGCGAAGGGAAAGAUUGCGAUAAAGUUGUAAAAUUACUUCACUUACUCUAUCGUUCUAUCUUUUUCGCUCUUUGCUGUCCCUUCUUUCUCUCUACGCAUGCUGUCGGAAAAAAAACGCUGUUUCCUUGCGUCGGAGUUGGAGGGCGAUUAUUGAAGGAUCUGCAGUGAAACUUAACGCUCAUCGCAUACUCACUGUACCACUUUCAUUUAUUUGUGUAGCUGUAGUCUUUAUGUUAUUUAUACGUAUCAUUUUAGUUUCGAUCAGUUUUCCAAAGCUAGCUCGGUGGCCACUCACCAGUUUGCUAUCUUGGGCCUGGGACUGAGGGCCAGUGACCACGCUGUAGGAGAAGGGGGAAUCUCUUUCCCGUAAUCACAUGGGAGAAGGCACUCCGGGGGUCUCGGGCGAUCUCUGGGAGAUAAUGUCUACGAAAUAAGGGAGGCGAGACAGAUACCGCUGGAAUUAGCGAAUGUUGGAUUAGCACUUUCCUCAGAACUUUUUUGAUGUUCAGAAUGUGUAAAGGAUGCAAAAAUAACUAGAGAUAUGUUAGUAUAUUUUUGUACAGUAUGACAAGAGGACGUGUUCAUUGAGAUUCUGGCUUAGUAUGGGGGAGUAAGACUAUGAAUACCAAACUAACUCAGCUUAAUAGUUAUUUUUACCUUCAUGUACGUAUACUGUAGCUUGUUUUUACAAUCAAGCAGCUGCUUAGCUCCAAAAUAUUGUCGUUCAGCACAAACAAUGUACGCUUCUCGGAUACCUUUCCUUCAGUCGUUACCUUUGCACCUUAGUGAGAAGAAAAAAAAAAUACUUACUGAAUGCGUCUUGAUCUUGUGAUGCGUUUUAUGGAAUAUGUUAUCCAGUUGUGCAAGCCCUUCAUGUGUUUUGGCUGUUUUAAAAUUGUAGUACCACAAAAUUUGUUUUUGAAAUGGUAUAUUCAAACAAAAAUCAUUAUUUUCUGAAGUCAAAUAGUAUUUUCUUAAUUUCUCAGAUUUUUUUUAUUUUUGUUCUUUUUUAGUUUUAGAAACCAAAUUAUCGCAUUGUGUUAGCCUUUAUUUUUGGUGUAAUCGCUAGAGGAUUGAAUAUAGGACUAAAUAUUAAUUUUCAGAUAUCUUUGAUUUCUCGUUCGAAUCACACAUCUGAACUUAAUUUUUUUAUAUAAAAAGAAAACCUUUAAGUUAAUUCUGUCAGGCAGAGAAAUUAAGAAAAGUGCAAGAACCGAAAAUGCAAACAGCAGUAAUGAAAUCUGUUAAUCCUACAUGUACUUCCUGUGAAUUUACAUUUUUGCCUUUUUCUCUGUGUUAAAGUCUCGUGACUGAUUGUCAGUGCUGCAAUACGGCAGUGUGACAAUUCGGUCAUAGGGUUUCGUGUUGUGGUUGGUUAUGGGCAUAUGAGUGCUGUCACAAGGUACCUUGCAGGGACCUUUGAUUGAAAAUGAAUUACAUGAUUUGGUCUAAUAGAUAUUCUGCAAAUGUCUUCUGUUUGUCAUUGAAGGAAAAAAUCUCAAAUUCCUAUUUUUGAUAGUGAUAAAAUGUAAUUGCAAAGUGUGCCAUUUUAACAUCUCCCCACCAUAGUAGGCUUCUACGUUUGGUGCAUGGGAGAAAGAAAAACGACAAAAAAUCAAUAAAAUAUGCACAAAAAAUGAGACAAUUUUUACGUAAUUUUAAUGUUUGCAGUUACCUCAUACACCGUACAUUCCAAAACAAAAAUUUGUUAUAGUAUACAUACAACCAGACAUAUCACUUUAAAAAUAUUCGUUAUCAGAUAGGAAAUGUAUAAUCAUAUAUAUAUAUGUAUCUAAAGUGUGUCUGUAUAGUCAUGAUAUCUACAGACGGUUCCAUGCACAAUAAAAGAUUUAUUAUUCUUAA